GGUGGCAGCGCGGGGAGCCCCACGCGCGGGGGAGCGCGGCGGACCGGGGACGCGACUGGGGAGGCGCUGCCGCCCGGCAGCGGGUGACGGGAGCCGGGACCGCGGCCUCCGGGACUCUGCUGCCCAGGCCGGCCGGGCGCGAGCCGGAGUGCGUGGACCCCACCCUCGGGGCACCGGGCGCCGGGACCUGCCCCUUCUCCCGUGGGAAGGAGGACCCUCCGCACUCCCGGGACAGCCAGAAGAGAUCGCCGCAGGGCACGCGCUGUCCCUCCCACGCUGGCUCUGGAGGAGACCCCCAGAAGUCGGGAAGGGCAGUGGGACCUGAAGGACCCGGAGGGAGACCGCCCCCACUCCUCAACGCACUCCAGACAGUUCGGGACUUUGGAGGCAGAGAGAAAGGGAGCCGUGCCCGUGGAGUAGGCACCCCGCAUCCCACCCCGUACUCACCGCUGAGAGGCGACCGGACACGCACAAGCCAGGACCCUCCAGGGAACCGCCAGCAAUCCGGUCCAGUUUGCUGGAGAGUGGAGGACCUCUCGCCCCUCAACUUCCGUGCACCUAGACAGUGGACCCGGGCAGAGCCCCUCAGCUCAGAUCUCCAGCAGACAGAAAGAGCCCUCAGCCCCUGAAAGAUCCAGUUUGGGGGGGAGGGGGAUUCCCCCAAAGGGGAGGAGACAACUCCUGGUUGGGAGAGGCUCCUCCCCUCCUCCCUAGGGUAGCAGGCAGGGUGUGGGGGGUGUGCCACCUUCCCCAGGUAGGUCCUCCCUCUCCCCCUCCUCCUCCUUCGGCUCCUCUUCCUCGGGGGACUCAGUGCCCCGCUCCAGCUUGGGAGGCUCCGCCAGGCACUGGAAGAGUCACAGAGGAUGAGACCCGUCACCCACCUGUGAAGAGGGGAAUCCCUGCAACCUCAAACUUCUGUACCAGGUGGUUUCCUCCGGUGGCGGCCGGGGGAACCGUGGAGGCAGAGACUCUGAGAAACGGGCUUUUUAGAUUUUGGAGACCAAAGGGAUGGGUCAUUUGCAGUUCCUAGAGAAGUGGAUGCUCUGUACUGAGAACAGACAACAGGGCAUGCCUUCGUCAGCUUAAUGGCCAGCAGAGGUCUUCCUUCCAGUCUGCUACACUGACAGUUUGCCUGUCUGUCAGUCUGUCCCCACCCACUCUCUCUAUCUUGGCUACCAGGAGGCCCUUCUGACCUCCCCGCUUCAGGCUGGAUAUCUGCCAUCCAAGGGGAAAUGUGAAUCCACAUGUCCCGAGAACCCAGAAGUACAAUGGCCUCCGACCUAGAGAGCAGCCUCACCUCCAUAGACUGGCUGCCCCAGCUGACUCUCCGAGCUAGUAUUGAGAAGCUUGGGAGCGCUUCUCAGGCUGGACCUCCAGGGGGCAGCCGAAAGUGUUCCCCAGGCUCUCCCACGGAUCCUAACGCCACCCUCAGCAAAGAUGAGGCAGCCGUCCACCAAGACGGCAAGCCGCGGUACAGCUACGCCACCCUCAUCACCUAUGCCAUCAACUCUUCUCCAGCCAAGAAGAUGACCCUCAGUGAGAUCUACCGCUGGAUCUGCGAUAACUUCCCCUACUACAAGAACGCUGGCAUUGGCUGGAAGAAUUCCAUUCGACACAACCUUUCUCUUAACAAGUGCUUCCGGAAGGUGCCCAGACCUCGGGACGACCCUGGGAAGGGCUCUUACUGGACAAUUGACACCUGCCCGGACAUUUCCCGGAAGAGAAGACACCCUCCAGAUGAUGACCCAUCCCAAGACUCCCCAGAACAGGAGGCCAGCAAAAGCCCCCGGGGAGGUGUUCCAGGGAGUGGAGAAACCUCGCUGCCUCAUGAAGGGAAUCCUCAGAUGUCACUGCAGAGCCCCUCCUCCAUGGCCAGCUACAGCCAGGGCCCAGGGUCUGUGGAUGGCGGAGCAGUGGCAGCAGGGGCUCCAGGCCGAGAAAGCACAGACAGUGCCCCUCCCCUCUACAACACCAACCACGACUUCAAAUUCUCCUACUCAGAGAUCAACUUUCAGGACCUAAGCUGGUCCUUCCGCAACCUCUACAAGUCCAUGCUGGAGAGGUCCUCCUCCCAGCACGGGUUUUCCUCACUCCUGGGAGACAUGCAGCCUUCUAACAACUACUACAUGUACCAGCAGCCACCACCUCAGCAGCAGCAGCAGCCGCAGCAGCAGCAACAGCAACAGCAGCCGCAGCCGCCGCCACCCCAGCAGUCACAGCCACAGCAGCCCCAGGCACCCACUCAGGGCCCCUCCGCUGUAGGGGGUGCCCCUCCACUGCACACCCCAAGCCCUGAUGGUUGUACGACACCAGGGGGAAAACAGGCUGGAGCUGAAGGCUACGGACCCCCCGGUGUGAUGGCCAUGCAUCCUCCCCCACUGCAGCACGGAGGCUACCACCCUCAUCAGCACCAUGCCCACCCCCACCCUGCCCAGCAGCCACCGCAGCAGCAGCAAGCGCAGAGCCAGGCGCCCAUCAACAGCUCUGGCUUUGGUGAGCACGGAGGGGACAGAGAAAGCUGGGAGGAGGCCUUUCCUCCAGACUGGUGCUCCAGUAUCGACUCCUUAAAGGAAAGCUUCAAAAUGGUGAACCGGCUCAACUGGUCGAGCAUCGAGCAGUCCCAGUUCUCAGAGCUGAUGGAGAGUCUACGGCAGGCCGAGCAGAAGAACUGGACCCUCGACCAGCAUCACAUCGCCAACCUGUGUGACUCCCUCAACCACUUCCUCACCCAGACUGGUCACAUGCCCCCGCAAGGGGGCUCCCACCGACCACCUGCCCCUGCCCGCAUCACUGACUCCUGUGCUCUCACCAGUGGCAAAGCGGAGCCAUCCAUGAACCAAGUGAACUCUUAUGGGCAUCCACAAGCCUCCCAUCUCUACCCUGGCCCAGCACCUAUGUACCCAAUCUCCACCCAGGACACAACAGGAUACAGUCGCCCAGCACACCACAUGGUUCCGCGGCCGCCCGUCCCACCUCCUGGUGCCACUGAGGAGAUUGCUGACGACUUCGACUGGGACUUGAUCACUUAGUGAGUCAGAGUGGACGUCAGCCCAAGGCCUGGUGGUGGAUUCUCGCCGUGGCGGAAGAACGGUCCCCGCCCAUCCUCCCCAAACCUGUAUAUAGAUAUAUAGCUUCUGUCUGUUCUCUCUGUCAGAGGAGCCACCGCGAGAUGCUGCCGAAGAUAACCCCUUUCCUUCCUCAUUCUCCGGUUCCCUCCUAGUUCUUUUAUUAUUAUUCUAAUUAUAUUAUUGUUAUUAUUGGUUAUAUACUGCCCAGUCUACUGCCCCUCACCAUGGGCUAUGCCCUCCUCUUUCCUAUUUGAAAUCUUCAGGAUGCAAGAUGAGGCUGUGGUAGCUAUAGAGAAAGGUUUCGAAUUUGAGUUCAGCUUUCUCUCUGAGAAACUCAAUGCUGCUUCCACCUUUCAGCUCUAAAUUGUGUUCUGUUCCUGUCUGUUUCAGGCUGGCCUGGAUAGGCCUCAGCGAGUGGAGGGGUCUAAGACACUGCUUAGCAGCCAUGACUUUGCAGGUUUUACUCAAUGGUGCUAAUUGUGUCCUGAACUCUUCCUUUAUGUACCCAGUCUUUACUUUUUCUGGCAGUCCUCAUUCCCCAUAAAGGGUGGACUGGGACAGCUGAGUUGAGUAGAAAGUCAUGGAGAAGUGACGGGGUGUAAAUCUGCAUGAGGUUGGGUGUGCACUGCCUUGUCAGGGCAUCCCUGGCUUCCUCCUGCCAUGUCAGGGCAUCCCCGGCUUCCUCCUGCCAUGUCAGGGCAUCCCUGGCUUCCUCCUGCCAUGUCAGGGCAUCCCUGGCUUCCUCCUGCCAUGUCAGGGCAUCCCUGGCUUCCUCCUGCCAUGUCAAGACAUCCCUGGCUUCCUUCUGCCAUGUCAGGGCAUCCCUGGCUUCCUCCUGCCAUGUCAAGACAUCCCUGGCUUCCUCCUGCCAUGUCAGGACAUCCCUGGCUUCCUCCUUCCAUGUCAAGACAUCCCUGGCUUCCUCCUGCCAUGUCAAGACAUCCCUGGCUUCCUCCUUCCAUGUCAAGACAUCCCUGGCUUCCUCCUGCCAUGUCAAGGCAUCCCUGGCUUCCUCCUGCCAUGUCAAGGCAUCCCUGGCUUCCUCCUGCCAUGUCAGGGCAUCCCUGGCUUCCUCCUGCCAUGUCAGGGCAUCCCUGGCUUCCUCCUGCCAUGUCAGGGCAUCCCUGGCUUCCUCCUGCCAUGUCAAGGCAUCCCUGGCUUCCUCCUGCCAUGUCAGGGCAUCCCUGGCUUCCUCCUGUCAUGUCAGGGCAUCCCUGGCUUCCUCCUGCCAUGUCAGGGCAUCCCUGGCUUCCUCCUGCCAUGUCAGGGCAUCCCUGGCUUCCUCCUGCCAUGUCAGGGCAUCUCUGGCUUCCUCCUGCCAUGUCAGGGCAUCCCUGGCUUCCUCCUGCCAUGUCAGGGCAUCCCUGGCUUCCUUCUGCCAUGUCAGGGCAUCCCUGGCUUCUUCCUGCCAUGUCAGGGUAUCCCCGGCUUCCUCCUGCCUUGUCAGGGCAUCCCUGGCUUCCUCCUGCCAUGUCAGGGCAUCCCUGGCUUCCUCCUUCCAUGUCAAGGCAUCCCUGCUUCCUCCUAGCUAAUACUCUCAGGUUAGCUUGAAUGGGAGGGCAUGAGGACCACUGUUCAUCAUAGGUUCAGCCUCUUGGAAACACUUUCAAUUUAAAGCAUUUGGCUUUGAGAAAAGUUCUUUCUGAGAAUUAACUGUGGCCAUUACUGCAUAUGUAAAUUGUCUUCCAUCUUCUUUUCCCCUUCAGCAAAUACGAUUUUGUCUUCCUGUAGCUGUUUGUCCAAAUCAUCCCCCUGUCUUACUUUCUUCUCCCAUUUUCUGGCAUUCUCAAAUGACAAGAGGAAGCCAUUCUCACUCCGAGUUUUUUCAUGUCCUCGACAUGCUGCGAAAGCCUCUUUCCUUGUCAUAGCAGACUCUGCCCGUAGUCUUGCUGAUAGGAGGGUGGGGAGAAGGAAGGGGAUUGGCGUAGAUACGGGCAGGGAAUGUGCCGUUUGUUUAAUUACGCAGGGAGCGCUUCUCUUGAAAUCCCUGUCAGUGGGACUGAAGCUUUUGAUUUUGACAGGCAAUGAAAAUCAUAGGAGGGAAGUUAAUAUGGAGACAGGAUGCAGUAAAGGCAAGGGGCACUCCCAGGCGUGGGGAUGAGUAACCUCCUUUAACAGCAAGUGGCCAUGACUUACUGCUGCAGAGUUCUUAGUGAGUGUGUUUGUUGAAUUUGGCUUAUGAGAGGGAAGACCAAGUUUACUUCCAUUUUUCUGAAAUGGCCAAAAUACAUAGUUUAGACAAGGCCAAUCUCUUUGUGCUUUCUGAUUUUUGUUCGUUUUCUUUUCUUCACCCAUGAUUUCCAAGAUACUGGGCUUCCCAUCCCGAUUUCCCCCUCAUCAACCCCUUUCCUUUCUUCAGAAGGGGGUUAAUAUAUGAGAUUGGUGAGGUCCAGUGAGGCUAGGUGAAGGGGCAAGACAGGGCAGUUCACUAAAGAGCACUUUAUUUCUUUUGAAGCCUUUGUAAGGAAAAACGAGGGGGGUGGGGUAUAAGAAAAAACAAAUGCCCUACAACACAGUGGAAGAUGGUACUGGAGAGCAUUUGGUGGGGUUGAAG